AUGACACGGUGCGUUCGUUGUACGACGACGAGGACGACCCGAAGUUCCACAGUGCAAUGGGGUCUGGUCUGGGUAUUACUGCUGGCCGCCACUGUCGAUCAGAGCCGCGGGUUCCAGUCCGGUACGAUUACUACCCGCACAAACGCCCCACAUCGGUGGCGUCCUUGUCACGGCCAGUCGUGGCCGCCACGCGAAGAAGCGGCAGUGAAUUUUUCGUCCCGAUGCCACGUGCACCCCGCACGACGCGGUUCCGUGGAGCCCCCCUUGUCCCGUCGACAGCGACUGCAACGGACGUUGCGUCGAGUGGCGGUUUCGGCGUUGUUCGGGGCCUCCAUUCUGGGCCAACGUCCGGCGCCCGCCGUCGCCAAGUUCAGUUACGAACUGAGCGACACGCCCAGUAAGAGUCUGCGCCCGGGCAUGAACAGAGAUCAGGCGGAGCUGGUGGAAGCAGGGGAACUGGAUGCGACGGAUAUUGCCGCCAAAUCAAUCUUCACUACCACACCCGGGAGUGGAGUCGCUACCUCCGGCACGGAAAAACAGGCGCGGAAAGCCGCCCAAGCCCAGAAAAACUUUGUGUACGGUGAAGACGGCGGCGACCUGGACGACGACGAUGACGAUUAUCUGGGCGACGACUACGACAAUGUCGUGAAAUCUUCGUCGCUCAAAGUGUCGCAGUCGGAUCAGGCCACGGCACAAAAACUGGCCAGCCAGUCUCGAUCCAAUUUUGCCUCGUAUCAUCAGGGAAAAUCCAACGCACUGACCAUCAAGGUGGGAUUGGCGAUCUUUGUCCCUUCCUUUGGUGGCCAAGUCUUGCGCGAAUACGUACGGCGAAGACGGGAAGAAGAGUACGUGCGCAAGGGAUUGGAAGUGGUCAAAGCCCAAAAGGCGGAAUACUUCAACGUCACGUCCACAUCGGCCGAUUCCGAUGUCGAAGAUGAAUUGAAGGGUCUCAAGAAUAAGAAUGACGACGAUGAUGAAGAUGACGAUGAUGAUGAGGACGACGACGAUGAUGAUGAUGAGGAAGACGACGAAGAUGAGGACGACGACGAAUCACCCAGGCGGCCGAGAAGACCACAAGGUGGAAACGGUGGUGGUGGUGGAAACGACAGUGGCGGUGGCACUAGUGGGGGAGGCGGUGGUGAAUCAGACCAACGGCCCAGCGAUGCGGACGUGGAUCGGUUGAACAAAAUGUUUGGUAAAUCGUAG